GGUACACACACACGGUAGGGAUUUUUUGGAACUCCAUCGUCGACAAUGUUGAUGUCGAAGAGCUCGAAGAUGCUGCAAUUCGUAAACUACCGCAUGCGGGUCACGAUCCAGGACGGUCGCCAGCUCGUCGGAAACUUCAUGGCCUUCGACCGCCACAUGAACCUUGUCCUCGGCAACUGUGAGGAGUUCCGCAAUCUCCCCCUUCUCAAGGGCAACAAGAAGGAGGACUGGGAUGACAGCCGCACCUUCGGCCUCGUCCUCCUCCGCGGCGAGGAGGUCGUCUCCAUGAUCGUCGAGGGCCCGCCUCCUCAGGAAGAAUCCUGCACCAAGGCUACCAGCGCCGCCCCGUUGGCCGAUCCCAGUAUAGGCCGCGUCGCUGGGAGAGGUAUUCCUACAACCCCUCUCGCCCAAGCGUAGCCUGGACUUUUCGGUCCUGUUCGCGGCGUGGGUGGACCUGCUCUUGGGAUGAUGUAGUCUCAGAUUUCCUAGCCACCGUAGAUGUUCGCGUCUCCCAUGACUUAUCCGGCUGCGCUAGUGAUUUGGCCUCCAGCUCAGAUGGGUUACCCCGGGCAGGGGCAUUCGCAGAUGGCGCGGGGCCCCGCCCCCCUGGAGUGCCGCCUCCGCAGUUUGCUAGGCUGGGCAUGCCACAGCAGUUCUCGGGCCCAUAACCGAUGCAGUUCGGGCAGAGGCCUAUAUAUGGCGCCUCCACCGCAGAUGAUGAGGGACCGCCCCCUCCCCGCCUGG